AUGGAGCUCGAUCACACAUCGCCGACCUCGCGCUCACCAUCCCCAAUCCAACCACCGCCAACACCCUCCGCGCCAGGCCCCCGUGCAACAGCCCUCCAAAAGCUCUACCACGACGCAAUAGCCCACGUCCUAAAAACCUGCAACUACACAAACUUCUCCUCAUGUUUCCCAACACCAUCUCGACAAGUCCCCGGUUCCGUGAAACUCCUCCACGAACAAUUCACCGAGAAACUCGGAGAAUCCAUGCGCAAAGAAUUCGAUUCCAUCCUCAGCGAGCGCAAUGUAAUUUCCAGUCUCAACGAACUCGACCGCUUGAUCGAAGAUGCGAAACGACGCAAGUCUUCAACAACAACGACUGAGAAAGGGGAUCCCGUCCCUGCACAUACCUUGCCUGCACGACAAUUGUACAUUUCGCAUUUGGCUCCGACUUUGGGAAAGCUUUCCGCGAAUGUGGCUGAGAGGCAGGAAGUACUAAAUCAAGAGAAUGAGGAGACGAUGGAGAGGAUACAGCAGCAGAGGAACGAUAUCAAGAGGUUGUUGGAUGGGCUGGAGAAUGUGGUGAAGGAUUUGAAUGGAAGUGUGGAUGCUCUUAAGCCCGAGGAAAUGGAGAAAUUGAGGGAGGAGGCGAGGGAUGCGGAUGAGGUUAUGAGGGAAUAG